AUGCCCGUCGCCCUCCCUAGCGCGCGUCGCACUCCCUUCCGCCGUCGCCCUCCCUUCCGCCCGUCGCACUCCCUAGCUCUCGUCGCAUCCCCUUCCGCCCGUCGCACUCACUUCCGCCCGUCGCCCUCCCUUCCGCCCGUCGCACUCCCUAGCGCUCGUCGCAUCCCCUUCCGCCCGUCGCACUCACUUCCGCCCGUCGCCCUCACUUCCGCCCGUCGCCCUCCCUUCCGCCCGUCGCCCGUCGCCCUCCCUUCCGCCCGUCGCCCUCCCUUCCGCCCGUCACCCUCCCUUCGUCUCGUCGCCCUCCCUUCCUCUCAUUGUCCUCCCGACCGCCCGCCGCCCUACCUUCCCCUCGUCGCGCUCCAUUCCGCCCGUUGCCCCCCUUUGUCUCGUCGCGCUCCCUGCUGCUCGUCGCCCUCCCUCCCGCUCGUCCCCUCGCAAUCCCCGUAUCUCUCUCCCCUCGUCGCCCUGGCAUCCCCGUCACUGUCGCCAUCCCUCCCUUCUCCCUUCCCAACUCCCACACUUUCCCCUUCCCUGCUUCCCCCCAUCCCAUUCCCUGCUUCCCCCCAUCCCCUUCCCUGCUUCCCACCAUCCCAUUCCCUGCUUCCCCCCGUCCCCUUCCCUGCUUUCCCAUGUCCCCUUCCCUGCUCCCCACCAUCCCUUUCCAUGCUUCCCCCCAUCCCCUUCCCUGAUUCCCACCAUCCCCUUCCCUGCUUCCCCCCAUCCCCUUCCCUGCUUCCCCCCAUCCCCUUCCCUGCUUCCCCCCAUCCCCUUCCCUACUUCCCCAUGUCCCUUUCCCUGCUUCCCCCCAUCCCCUACCCUUUUUCUCCCCAUCCCUUUCCCUGCUUCCCCCCAUCCCCUUCCCUGCUCCCCACCAUCCCCUUCCCUGCUUCCCACCAUCCCCUUCCCUGCUUCCCCCCAUCCCCUACCCUUUUUCUCCCCAUCCCUUUCCCUGCUUCCCCCCAUCCCUUUCCCUGCUUCCCCCCAUCCCCUUCCCUGCUUCCCCCCAUCCCCUUCCCUACUUCCCCAAGUCCCCUUCCCUGCUUCCCCCCAUCCCAUUCCCUGCUUCCCCCCAUCCCCUUCCCUGCUUCCCACCAUCCCAUUCCCUGCUUCCCCCCGUCCCCUUCCCUGCUUUCCCAUGUCCCCUUCCCUGCUCCCGACCAUCCCCUUCCCUGCUUCCCCCCAUCCCCUUCCCUGCUUCCCACCAUCCCCUUCCCUGCUUCCCCCCAUCCCCUUCCCUGCUUCCCCCCAUCCCCUUCCUUACUUCCCCAUGUCCCUUUCCCUGCUUCCCCCCAUCCCCUACCGUUUUUCUCCCCAUCCCUUUCCCUGCUUCCCCCCAUCCCCUUCCCUGCUCCCCACCAUCCCCUUCCCUGCUUCCCACCAUCCCCUUCCCUGCUUCCCCCCAUCCCCUACCCUUUUUCUCCCCAUCCCUUUCCCUGCUUCCCCCCAUCCCUUUCCCUGCUUCCCCCCAUCCCCUUCCCUGCUUCCCCCCAUCCCCUUCCCUACUUCCCCAAGUCCCCUUCCCUGCUUCCCCCCAUCCCAUUCCCUGCUUCCCCCCAUCCCCUUCCCUGCUUCCCACCAUCCCAUUCCCUGCUUCCCCCCGUCCCCUUCCCUGCUUUCCCAUGUCCCCUUCCCUGCUCCCCACCAUCCCCUUCCCUGCUUCCCCCCAUCCCCUUCCCUGCUUCCCACCAUCCCCUUCCCUGCUUCCCCCCAUCCCCUUCCCUGCUUCCCCCCAUCCCCUUCCCUACUUCCCCAUGUCCCUUUCCCUGCUUCCCCCCAUCCCCUACCCUUUUUCUCCCCAUCCCUUUCCCUGCUUCCCCCCAUCCCCUUCCCUGCUUCCCCCCAUCCCCUUCCCUGCUUCCCAUCAUCCCAUUCCCUGCUUCCCCCCGUCCCCUUCCCUGCUUUCCCAUGUCCCCUUCCCUGCUUCCCCCCAUCCCCUUCCCUGCUUCCCCCCAUCCCCUUCCCUACUUCCCCAUGUCCCCUUCCCUGCUUCCCCCCAUCCCCUUCCCUGCUUCCCACCAUCCCCUUCCCUUCUCAAGCCUUCCCUUCCCCAUCAACUCCUUUUCAUGCCCUCCCCUUCCCCCUCACUCCUCACCUUCUGCCCUCUACUUCCCAUGCAUGUGCACCCAUCUCUAUUUCCCCAUUCAUGCUUUCAUCAUGUGCGCUUGCUUGUAUUCCCCUGCCAUUGUUCCGUUGCACCUCACACCACCUCCCCCAUGUUUCUUCACGCAAUUCUUUCUUUCUUCUACCCUCUCUCAGUGGUGA